AAUUUAUGUUUUACUGUUCUUAUUAGAUAUUAAAUGACUUGUUAACGGCAUGUUGCUGACGGUUCAAGCUCACAAAUUAUAACACAGCCACAUUCUGUGCAUGUUAGUUACUUGCAUAAAGAACAAUUAAAUGAAGACAUUAGGAUUCAGCAACUCCAAGAACAUUCACAUCAAGAGCUUGACCUCCCUCAACAGCCAAAUGUUCCACAUAGUCUUCAACGGGUGCCGCAAAGUUAGAGUGAAAGACGUGAAGGUGUUGGCGCCGGGAAACAGCCCCAACACCGACGGCAUUCACGUUCAGUUGUCAUCGGACGUCAACAUCGUCCACUCCGAAAUUCGCACCGGCGACGAUUGUGUUUCCAUCGGACCAGGCACCUCAGACCUGAGGAUUGAACACGUAGCUUGUGGACCGGGUCAUGGAAUUAGCAUUGGAAGUUUAGCGAGGGAGCUGAACGAACCUGGGGUGCAGAGGGUGACGGUUAAAGCGGUUAACCUGACGGGUACUACCAAUGGGGUGAGAAUAAAGUCAUGGGGCAGGCCCAGCAAUGGAUUUGUACAGAGAAUCGUCUUCCAAAACAUAGUCAUGCAGGAUGUGCAAAACCCCAUCAUAAUCGACCAACAUUACUGCCCUGAUAACUUCAAUUGCCCUCGUCAGGCUUCGGGGAUCGAGAUUAGGGAUGUGAAGUACAAAAUGAUUUGGGGUACAUCGGCUUCAGAAGUUGCUGUGAAAUUUGAUUGCAGCUCGAAGCAACCUUGCAACUCGCUCAGGCUGGAGAAUGUCAACCUGACCUACAACGAACAAGAAGCCCAGGCUUUCUGCAAUAAUGCCGCCGGCACCGCCUCCUCUUGGGUCCGCCCAGAAAGCUGCUUGUAGUGUAGAGAAUCUUGCUUCUUGUCUUCGUCCUUAGACUUCCAUUACGGGCUACUUUUAUUUCAGCUGGAGCGUGGCCUAGCUUGCAACUGUGAUGGCCCAUUAGGAAGCCCGAUCGAGUAUCUGCGGCUGAUCUUAUGUACUAAUUCCACGAGUGUAUUAUACAUAUAGAUUUAAUGCUAUACAGUAUUGUUUUGCAUUUCAA